GUUUUAGGGGAAAAUGUCUUACGAAUUUCAUUUCUGUAAGACAUUUUUUAGUUCCUCCUUCAUCUAGGGAAAAAUGGGUCAUUCAAGCCGCACGCUCUAUGUGGGCAAUUUGCCUGGGGAUACUCGUAUGAGAGAAGUUGAAGAUUUCUUUUACAAGUAUGGACCCAUUGUUGAUAUUGACUUGAAGAUCCCACCAAGGCCCCAUGGUUAUGCAUUUGUUGAGGAUCCUCGUGAUGCUGAAGAUGCAAUUCGUGGUCGAGAUGGUUAUAAAUUUAAUGGGAAUCGUCUAAGAGUUGAACUUGCUCAUGGUGGGCGAAGACCACCUUCAUCUGUGGAUCGUUAUAGUAGUUACAGUGGUAACAGUAGGCGUGGGCCUUCCAGGCGCUCUGAUUAUCGUGUUUUGGUGACUGGUUUACCUUCUUCUGCUUCAUGGCAAAACCUAAAGGUGAGUGUUAUAGCAAUUGCUUGUCCUUUGCUACUCAAUUCCUUUUCUGUGCUUGUAAUUUUUCCUUGAUUGUUGCCUUUUCGCAUGGCUUUGAUCUACAUACGUGUAUGUAUAUGGAAAACGAUGAUAAAAUACUAAUUAUGAAAUUAGUUAAAGUUGUAACAUGGUCUAUGCAUCAAGGUUUUUGAAAUGCAUAAAAGUGUGUUUUCCGUUUUAAAUGAUUUCUUGUUUUAUGACCAGGAUCACAUACGA